AUAUAAAACCCUUCUGUUCGAAUUCUAGGCGCUCUUAUUCCAAAUCAUCUCUUCCCAUCAACGAUUCCAUAAAAACCCUACGUCCACACCCUUCAAGUAUUGUGGAUCCUGUGCAAAAUUGGAUAGAGCAAGUGAUUUGAUGGAAUACCAUCAAGUUCUGGAAGGGAGCCAACCAGUUGAUCUGUCCAGGCAUCCCUCCGGAAUUGUUCCAACUCUCCAGAAUAUUGUCUCUACUGUCAAUUUGGACUGCAAAUUAGAUCUUAAAUCUAUAGCAUUACAGGCUCGUAAUGCAGAAUACAAUCCCAAGCGUUUUGCUGCUGUGAUUAUGAGGAUUCGAGAACCAAAAACUACAGCACUAAUAUUUGCAUCUGGAAAGAUGGUGUGUACAGGAGCCAAGAACGAAGCACAAUCCAAAUUGGCUGCCCGUAAGUAUGCUAGAGUAAUUCAGAAGCUUGGCUUCCCUGCUAAAUUCAAGGAUUUCAAAAUUCAGAACAUAGUUGGAUCAUGUGAUGUAAAAUUUCCCAUUCGACUUGAAGGGCUGGCCCUUGCUCACCGUGCCUUUUCCAGUUAUGAGCCGGAGCUGUUCCCUGGAUUAAUCUAUCGAAUGAAACAACCUAAGAUUGUGCUGCUCAUUUUUGUCUCUGGGAAGAUUGUCCUUACUGGAGCUAAGGUUAGAGAUGAGACUUAUGCUGCCUUUGAGAAUAUAUACCCUGUUCUCACAGGAUUCCGGAAAGUUCCGCAAUGGUAUGGCAACGUGGUGUUGUGUGCAUCAGUUUUUAUUACUAUAGCAGUAAUUUUGUUUAUUUGCACUGAUUAUCUUGAUGAAUGGAUUUACAUGUGCCUUAGAAGCCCCUCCUGUUCACGUGUAAUGGGCAUUAGUUCCCUUGUCAUGGAAGUUGAUCUGGCAUAGAUUAUUCAAGAUGUUGGAUGAAGAGCUCAAGUAGCUGGGAUUCAAUUGUAAAUAUGCUUAGGGGAUUAGACUGGCUGGUUGGUAGUGUUCCAGGUAGAAUGAAGGCACUCUGCCUUUUUUUGUUGAACUGUCAGUGCACCACAUUCAAUGUGUACUCAUUUUUGAACCGUUGUUUCUUUACAUUCAAGACAAGUGAAUGGGUUUCUACAUUAAUUAAGUGCGCCUUUUUUUC